AUGCCUCAUUUUAGGCACAUUUUGUGCAAUAUUCUCGUCCUCCUCGUUCUCCUCGAUGCAAAGCAAACCCUUUGCCAUUCCAAGAAACAUAGGCACAAGGGAUCCCCAGGGCUGCCACUCACAACAAACAUCACAGGGCAAGCGCAGGUCCCAGAGCAACAGUUCAUGAGAUGGGUGAAUUUUGUAGGCAGCCUCAAGCACUCCCUUUUCAAGGCUGCCAAGAACAAGCUCUUUCCUUCCUACACCCUCACCGUCGACAAGAAUCCGGCCGCCGGAGACUUCACGUCGAUCCAGGAUGCCAUUGAUUCUCUCCCCUUUGCCAAUCUUGUCAGAGUUGUGAUCAAAGUUCAUGCAGGAGUUUACACGGAGAAAGUUAACAUACCUCCAUUAAAAUCGUUCAUCACCAUAGAAGGAGCAGGAGCAGAGAAGACGAUAGUCCAAUGGGGAGACACAGCCCAGACACCCGGCCCAAAAGGCCAGCCACUUGGGACCUAUGCCUCUGCAACUUUUGCUGUCAAUUCCCAAUAUUUCAUUGCCAAGAACCUCACAUUCAAGAACACAGCGCCAGUUCCACCGCCAGGAGCCGUAGGAAGACAAGCAGUGGCAUUUAGAAUAUCAGGAGAUACAGCAACCUUUGUAGGGUGUAGAUUUCUUGGAGCACAGGACACACUCUAUGAUCAUGUGGGUAGGCAUUACUACAAGGAUUGCUACAUUGAAGGCUCUGUGGAUUUCAUCUUUGGCAACGCCCUCUCUCUGUAUGAGGGAUGUCACGUGCAUGCAAUAGCACAGUUAAUUGGGGCAGUGACAGCACAAGGGAGAAGCAGCUUGCUGGAGGACUCUGGCUUCUCUUUUGUGAACUGUAAGGUCACGGGAUCAGGGGCUUUGUACCUAGGAAGGGCAUGGGGAGCCUUCUCUAGGGUUGUCUUUUCAUAUACAUACAUGGACAAUAUCAUCAUCCCAAAAGGCUGGUAUAAUUGGGGUGACCCCAACAGAGAAAUGACUGUAUUCUAUGGGCAAUACAAGUGCACAGGACCAGGGGCUAGUUUUGCAGGAAGAGUGUCAUGGGCAAGAGAACUCACUGAUGAGGAAGCUAAGCCUUUUGUUUCUCUUAGCUUCAUUGAUGGCUCUGAAUGGGUUAAAUUGUAGUGAUAAUAACAACAGCAAAACUACAUAUAUAUAUAUAUAUACGUACACACACGGUUGUAUGCAUAGUCAACUCCAGAUUGAGAUAAUGAGGAAGAAUAAAACUUGUUUUAUCCUGAAUUUCUUCUAUGAUGUUAUGCUUCCAUGCCAAAAUCAUACAACUCCUU